AUGAGGGCCAACCAGGACCGAUCGUUGUCUCAACAUCCUGGACAGGCGCGCGGCCAAGCCAGUCCUGUACGAGGCGAUGCCACGCCUCUUAUGUUCAUCAUCAAAGACGCCUCCAACUUCAACCAGGGCCGUAAGCACUCGAGAGAUGUGGCUUCGCAUGUCUCUUCGCGGUACCGCGAAUGGCGAAAGACGAACCGCAAGCAGCUAGCCCUCGAUGCCACCACGCAAGCUAUACUCGACGCAAAGCGGCGCAAAGUCGAUGGACCCAGCUUCAUCAGACAAAACACUUCACAGUGUACAUCACUCGCGCCAACCGAGCCCGCAACCGAAGCCUUGUCAUCGGAACCUUCGCCGAUCUGUUCCCCAGGCAGCCCUCGGACCCGUGGGGACUCUGGUCAUAUCUCCGCUAUCGAGCCAGACAUCGCUUUGCGCCUUCCUAGCGAAGAAGUUGUCGAUGGAGACUACCGACGCCUGACCUCGAGGCUUGGUAUCUUUGCUCCAACCGCUGAGCACUCUAGCACAACCACUGUAUACGCAUGGAGGCUUUUUGAGGACUUCGUGACACCGCAGCCCUUGCUCGUGGGGCACCACAGCCUCGACCCCUUCUCUUCGUUUGGGACGGAUAUGGAUCUCGAAGUGAAGGCCAACUUGCAUUUUUAUUUCAAGGUUAUUCGUCCAUUCGCUGUUCACCUGAUCAAUGACUGGACAUGGUUCGACAGCAUCUCCCACGUCCAGUCGUCAAGGGUGCUCACCUACGCUAUGGCCGCAUUUGGAUCUUUGUUCCUGUCAGGUUGCCUAAAAGGUGGGCCUGGCGUCGUUCUGCCUCCACCAGCUGAGCCGGGCCAGCCAUUUCUAUGGCCCAUGCCGCCGUGGCUGCGCCUGCAAACCAUCUGCUUAUCGGAGCUACAGUCGAUCUUGCAAACAUCUGGAGAGGUUGAUCAAGCCUGCUAUCAAGCAAUAUUGUUCCUUUUCCGCAUAUCGGUGCUAUUGGCCGAUGGACCGUCGGCAAGGAUACAUGCCAAGGCAAUGCGGCGCAUUGGGUCAAUUGUCGGCAUGGACAAAGUAUCACUGAACACCGAGCUGGCUGUAGUCAAGGUCAAUAUAAUCAGCGCGUUCCUGCACGAUCAGUCAACUGUCGUCAUUCAGCAUCACCCUAAUCACACCAGAAUGCAACUGGCCCACGUCGUCGAGCUCGAGCGUACCUUGUGGAAAUCAGACAGCGUCUGGCACGCCCAUCGAGGCAUGAUGGACGGAAGAGUCCUGACAUGGCGCGACAAAGAACCGUCAGAGGCCUUGCUGGAACGAACAGAAGAUGCCAUAGUUCGACUGGAUCCCAAUGCCAAAGCCCUUGGCUCCACUAACUUCACCGAGUUGAUGCUGUGCUCUCAAAUCGCUCUCUUUUUCGACAUAUAUCUCCACAGCAUCAACUGCAACACCUCCAUGCCACGGAUUCGAUGGAAUGCACAGAUCCUGAUGGAGAAACUCGAAAGCAUCGACCUUGACCUCGCCACCACGCUUUCACCGCUCACGUUGUUCAAUAUCCUACUGUCCGGCGCAGUAGCCUGCCGAGGCAGCGCAAGGCGGCCAUGGUUCAUCAAGAGAACCGCUCUCCUUUUCCCCGACGUGAGGUUCAUGGACGACAUCAUGACCCGCUUGACCGCCUUCAUCGACCCGUAUACACUCAUGAGAAGCCUGCUUGAGGAGGUUUUGACUGAAAUCCUCGAUUCUCGGCUGGGCGUGACUGCAGCCAGUCCGCGCUGUUUGUGGCGGAAAGACCUACCUUGGAAGCGCGUGUGGGAGAGGCCAAUGACUAAAUCACCGAAUUUGUCGAAGCCGAGGUUGAGGAUUCAGGGUAAGGACGAACCGGUGGAGGUUGAGCCGGAAUUCGAGUCCGAGCUUGAGGCAUGA